AUGGAAGAAGCUGACGAUGGUAUUGCUGUGGUGGGAAUUGGAUGUAACUUUCCAGGAGGGGAGGGGCUCGACAACUUCUGGAAGGUUCUACUGGAGGGGAAAAACUGCGCUGUGCAAAUUCCCAAAGAGAGGUUUGACGUAUCCAGCUGGUAUGACCCAGAUGACAACAAGGCGGGAAAAUCCCGCACAGCCAAGGCUGCCCUCAUUGACGGGUACAAUGAGUUCGACCACAGGUUUUUCGGUAUCAGUGACAGUGAAGUGCAACAAAUGGAUCCCCAACAAAAACAGCUCCUGCAGUGUGUAUACCGGGCUUUAGAGAAUGCAGGCAUUCCAAUGGAGAAGGCCAGCGGAACAAGGACAGGAGUGUUUUUUGGCAUAAUGAACAGAGAUUAUGAAACAAACGCAGCACAGGUACAUCCGAGUGUGAUCAACCACUGGACAGGCACAGGGCUCGCUAUGAGCAUUGCAGCAAACAGAGUCUCCUACAUCUUCAACUUUACUGGACCCUCACUGUCCAUAGACUGUGCCUGUUCAUCAUCUCUUGUUGCGCUGCAUCUUGCCUGCCAAUCCAUUAAACUCGGUGACUCUGAGAUGGCUGUAUGUGGAGGAGUCAGCUGCAUUAUUGAUCCAAGACUAUUUGUUGCACUCAGCAAGGCCAGGAUGAUCUCCCCUGAUGGAACCAGCAAACCUUUCUCCAGAGGAGCAGAUGGCUACGGCAGAGGGGAGGGCUGUGGGGUUGUUCUCCUGAAGCCCCUUAAAAAGGCUCUCCAAGACCGUGAUAAUAUCUGGGGUGUCAUCAGUAAAACAGCAGUAAACCAAGAUGGACACUCUGUCACUCCAAUCACCAAGCCCUCCAUGACACAACAAGAGGAGCUGCUCAGAAGGGUCUAUUCAGUUUCCGACCUGGAAAAUGUUCAGUAUAUAGAAGCACAUGGGACAGGAACUCCAGCUGGAGACCCAACAGAGGCAGGGAGCAUUUCAAAUGUCAUUGCUAAAGCCAGACCUCCUGGUUCAAAGCCACUGUGGAUUGGCUCUGUGAAGAGCAACAUUGGACACACUGAAUCUGCAGCUGGAGUGGCCGGACUCAUCAAGGUUCUCCUGAUGAUGAAGCAUAAGACCAUUGUUCCCUCAGUUUUCUACUCUGAUGACAGUUCCAGUGUAGAUGCCAAAUCGUUGAACAUCAAAAUUCCCCAAAAAACAGAAAAGUGGAAAACAAGUAGAGUAAGAACUGCUGGAGUAAACAACUUUGGCUUUGGAGGGACAAACGCGCACGCCAUUGUUACACAGCACAUGCAACCAUGUGCUGAGCAAAAAAUUGAUGAAAGGCAAGUGAACUAUUUUGUCAUGUCAGCCAAUUCAUUGAAGUCCCUUUCUAUGACUAUGGAAGACACCAUCAAAAAGCUGGAGGCAGAUGAGGAAGUUCACCUGCAGUCAUUGUGUUACACAUCAGCCUGCAGGAGAAGCCACCAAAAACAUAAAUUCAGAAAAGUCAUUGAGAUAUCGUAUAUUACUGACCUUAAAGAGAAACUGAGAGCUUCUGUUGGAAAAAAUGUCACCCCAGCCUCCUUGGAUUCGAAGUUGGUUUUUGUCUUCUGUGGUAACGGUCUCACUUACCAUGGUAUGUGCAAGCAGCUCCUGGAAAAAGAGCCUGUGUUCAGAGAAAAGAUUGCUGAGAUUUCGCUGUGUUUCCAAAGUCUGGGCAGUCUUAACAUUCUGAAGACACUUGAGAGUGAGACUGAGAGUAGUGACUUCAACAAUCCAGAUGUUAUUCAGCCUCUUCUCUUUGCUAUCCAGGUGGGGAUUUCCACCUUACUGAAGCACUGGGGGGUGAAGCCUGAUGCAGUUCUUGGGCACUCUGUUGGUGAAGUUGCAGCUGCUCACUGUUCUGGCCUCUUGUCUCUUGAAGAUGCAGUGAAAGUCAUAUAUUUCCGGAGCACUCUCCAGAGGAAAGUCACAGGAGGGACGAUGCUUGUGGUCAGCAACAUGCCUGUUUCAGAGGUAUCAUCUUUUCUUCUUCCCUAUGCUGGUAAAGUUUGUGUCGCUGCUUUCAACAGUCCUCAGUCUUGCACCCUUUCUGGUGAUGCAAGUGCAAUUGAGAACGUCCAGAAGGAGCUAAGUAACUCAGCUAUCGGUCCAGAUCUGUUCCUCCGCCUGCUUGAUGUUCCCACUGCUUACCACAGCCACAUAAUGGACCCGAUCCUAUCAGAUAUUGAAAAGGCAAUUGGCUCCUUGCACAUGAAUGAGCUUAACGCAGAGCUGUUUUCAACAGUAACAGGCAAGGAAGUUCAGCAGGGAGAUUUCUGCACAGGCGAGUACUGGGCCCGAAACAUUCGUGAGCCAGUGGCUUUUGAGCAGGCAGUGAGAUCAGUAGCUAAAGAUAAGAGGAGCUUAGUCUUUGUGGAGAUAGGGCCAAGAAGGGCACUGCAAAGAAACAUCGUGGAAACUCUGGGAAAUGGCACAGCUGUUCUUGCCUCUGUGACGCCAAAGAAAGAUCACGAAUCAGUCAGGUCUGUUGUUUCUCAGCUUUUUGAACUCGGUGCUCCAGUAGACUGGAACACUUUCUACCGGGGCUAUGAGACGAUGCCACUGUCUUUCCCACAAUACCAGUUUGAUUGUUCACACAGAGAUGUUAUCAUUGGAGCAGCACAGACAAAUACACAAAGUGACCACCCAGUGCUCCAUCAGACAGGAAAUGGAAGCAACAUUUUCACUUGUGAUCUGAAGUCUGAAUCCUCUUCCUACUUGACAGAGCACAAGCACAAUGGGAUACCCAUCAUCCCUGGUGCUUUCUAUGCUGAGGUGGGUUUAGCUGCAUUCAUGGCAACUGCAAAACCAAAAGUACCCCUCAACUCCGUCCAGCUGAGUGUCAGUUUUCACAACCCAUUUGUGUUGAGUCAGAAAUCACCUGAACUUAAAGUGCAACUUGAACAAAAAGACCAAGAAACCACAUUCACUAUACAUUCCCCUCCUGCUCUGUAUGCAUCAGGCACUGUCAUUUUGAAUGAAGAGAGGCUGCAUGAGGAGUCAUGCAUUUCACUGAACUCCAUCCAGAAACGAUGCACAUCUGUUGUGAGCUUUAAGGAGUUGUAUGGUUAUCUCUCUCAGGCGGGCUUCCAAUAUGGGGAUGUAUUCCAAAAUAAAGCAGACAUACAUUAUGGGGAAGAACUGAAGGAGGCUUUUGCACCCAUCUCAGUUCCUGAGGAACUGAUGUCUCAAUUCUAUGAUUACCACAUUCAUCCCGUUGUGUUGGAUUAUCUGAUGCAGCUUCUUCCAGUUACAGUUGAACACAUCUUUGCUGGUAGACCAGGAUUUCCUGCCAAAAUAGGAAGUCUGAAAGUGUUUGAACCCUUGCAAAAGGAGAUGAUUGUUUAUUUGCGAGCCACUGAUGUGGGCACUAAUCACUUUGAGGUCUGUGGCUGCUUUGCAGACAGGGAGGGGAGAGUGUUGGUUGAGGUUGAGCAUGUGAUGAUCAAAUACCUUGGCAGCCACUCUCAUGUUGUUGAAGAGUAUUUCUACCACAAUGUCUACAGUGUAAUCCCUGGUUUCAGUCCUGUUCCUCCUCCAAAGGCCCUGGUCUUCGGUGACCCUAUUGGGAUUGCUCAAGGUUUGCAACAGCAUCUGGACUCGAAUUCCAGAUAUGUUUCAUUUACACAUGCAAAAGAAAUUUUGAGCAGUGGGUUUCCUUCUCUGUUGGAAAAUCUCAACAUCACAGAUAUUGAGAACAACUUUGAUGAGGUCUUGUUUCUCUGGGGCAAAGAAAACCUCACCUCACAUAGUGCCGAUGUUGUUCUUCAGAACUUGACAAGCUGUUGUGAGGUUUUCCGCCAAAUUGUCUUUCACCUGAAAAAAAUCCAUUUCCCAAACUCAAUUAGAGCAGUAACAUAUUGUUCAUCUGACAUCACCGUAGACCACAUAAAUCCAGGUUUUGCUCUGGUUGGGAUGACAAGAUCUUUCGCUGCGGAGAUACCAGAGCUUUCUUUUCAGCUCAUUGAUAUAAGCACUGUCUCUGCCAAGGACAUCGAGGCACUGUCUGAGGUCCUCAGGUCAUAUCCUUGCAGCAGCUACCCAGAGUUAGUGGUAAAAGAUGGGCAGAUAUUGAAGCCCUCCGUUGUCCGUACCACUCCAGAAACUACUGACAGUUCAGAGGGCCAUUACAACUCUUCAAUGCCUGAAACAUGUGUCUUUCAAACAAAUGAUGCAUGCAAUAUGACUCAACUCAGUGCCAUUCGCUUUGAACUGGAUGCCAAGGAAAUGAGUGAGACAUCAGUGGAAAUCCAACCAAGGAAACUGUGUGUCCAUACAUCUGAUUAUUUCCCUGUCAGUGCCUCACAUCUAAAAUUUGGUCAGACAUUGUACUGGAACAAGCAUUCAUCUCAGAAACACAAGCUGCUUGCUCUUGACUUCAGUGGGACUGUUACGGCAGUGGGAAAAGAUGUGAGGAAACUGAAAGUAGGAGACCAUGUUGCUGUAUGUUAUCCUGUGGUGGCUACUAGUAAGGUGAGAGUCCCAGAAGAUGUUUGUUACCGCACCAAAAGGUUCCCAUAUCUUGAAAAAACACCAAAUGUUUCCCACUUUGUCCUCGCAUUCGAGAUUGUUCAUCGAGCAUUGCCAAGAGCCAAUUAUCAAAAUGAUUUAGGGAUCCUUUGCUCAGGGCUUAAAUCUGCUCUGGUGAAGGUUUUGGCGUGUGCUUGUACCAAAUCUGGCUGGAAUGUAACAGUUAGCACACAGUUCAAUGACUCUUUUGUCGAUGUCAGGCACAUGGAGCAAAUGGAGGCAUGUGUCAUCUUGCCUCCAUUGGAUGAAUCCCUGACUGCUAAAGUUUCGACAUUUCCAUGCAUUCAACAUGUUGUGAUCAUCUGUGAAUGUCCAACACAGAGUGUGAAAACUCAGGAAGUGAUUGAAAGCUUAAAGGGCAGUGUUCAUGUACACACAAUCCAGGUGUCAGAUAUUUUCCAAAAGGGAUACCUGAGAGCACACAAGCCACACAUUCAACACUGGUUAAAGUCCCUGAAUUUUGACAGGACUCUUCGAAACUUUACUUUUCAGUGUGAAAAGUCUGGAAGCAGAUGCCUUGAUUCAGAGAAACCACAGUCAUACUUUCGCGCAAAGAAACUGGCUAUAGUGACUCUCGAAAAGGGUGAUGACCGGAAGCUGUCUGCUAUUCCACUGUUGCCAACAGACACACUGCUUUUUCGAAAGAGAGCCGUGUAUAUAGUCUCAGGAGGCCUUUCAGGUCUGGGCUUUGAAACUGUAAAGUUCAUUUCUCAAAGAGGCGGUGAGUACAUAGUAAUACUCUCAAGGAGCAAACCAAAACCUGAUGUACAACAAGAGAUACUCAAUGUGGAGAAACAGUGUGGCAGCAGCAUCACCAGCAUGGAGUGUGACAUAUCUGUUUCUGACCAUGUGGACAAGGUUAUUUCUGCCAUCAACCUUAAGUUUCCCGGUUGUCCAAUUAGGGGAGUGUUUCACAGUGCAGUUGUCUUGCGUGAUGGGCUGAUUGAAACUCUUGACAGAUCUCUGUACGAGGAGGUUUUUAGACCCAAAAUCAAUGGUGUCCUGAAUCUGCAUCAUGCAACGCAGAAGUGCGAGUUGGACUAUUUUGUGUGCUACUCCUCCGUCUCUGCUUUUCUGGGAAAUCCAUCCCAAACAAACUAUGCAGCAGCCAAUACUUUUUUAGACCUGUUUUGUCAGUACAGGCGCAAGCUUGGGCUGCCUGGACAGUCUAUCAACUGGGGUGCCAUGAACCUCGGCUUGCUUUUGAACAAAGAACAUUUCCAGCGAUUUCUGGUGGCAAAAGGCAUAAUGGUUUUAGACGUGGCUGAGGUUCAUACAAGCUUGGAGCAAUGUCUUGUACUCAACCGACCCCAACAAGCUGUGUGCAGGUUUCAUUUCAGGAACAUCCGCAACAACAUCCUCUCUCAAAAUAGAGCCCUGAAAAUGCGUCUGUCAGCAUUAGUUGAGGAGGUUCUCCAAAAAUCCAAACAGAUGGAGUGUGAAGAUAUAAAAGCUGAUGUUGUCUCACCAAAACUCUAUGUGAUCUCUCUGCUAAGUGAGACCAUAGGCCUGGAUCAGAGUGAGCUGGGAGAUGACACAAAUCUGUCCUCCUUGGGCAUUGACUCCAUGCAGGCCAUGACUCUGCAAAAUCUGAUCUUUCAGGAGAGAGGUGUGAAUGUGCCUUUGGUGAAACUAUUGGAUCCUGAUGCUACAAUAUCAACAGUGAUCACCAUACUGAGUGAAGCAGCUCAGGAUGUCCCGCACUCGCCUAAGGCCGUGCCGAACGCGGAUGUGACCUCUUCUCCUCCAAUGCGGCCGAUCCACCUGCGAUCUCCUGCCAACGUCCAGUGUGUCGAGCCGAUCGUCAACCCCCCCACCCCCACGAUGGCUGGUCCACCUGAAAUGGCCUGUCGCCAUCACAAGUCGCGGGGCAUCGGGGCUACCGGGCUCGCUGUGGCUGCGGCCAAGCGCCCCAGAAAUUCUAAAGAGCAACGUGCUCUACACCACACCGCACUCGCAUCGCUGUGGCGAGCGGUGCGCAGCUGUGACCCCUCUACGACGGCAGCGGCCGACGCAGGUCCUCUCACCUCCGACCACUGGCAGCCGCGGCGAGCCCGGCUGCCAGUGGUCGUGGGACUCUGA